AUGUCAUUAGCAACUGUCCCAGAAGCAGCAGCUGGGUCGGAAAGUCAACUACAACGACAGGCACGAGCCUUUCCUGGUAAAAUUCGCCCUGACAAGACUACAGAACUGACAAAUAAACAUAAACGGUCUGAGAAUUGUGCUUUAUUCACUAUUACCAAAGUCAACCAACCUAUUUGGGUAAAUUUAAUUGGGGACACUCGCACUAUGAGUCUGCAAACUAUUAUUUUGGCCGCAUUAACUCCCCUGGCUCGUCUUGCUGAACAAUUAAUGAAAGGUCCACUUGAGGGCGCUGAAGCUAUUAGAAAUGGAUUCCGUUUAUUGACCGAUGCUAAAGCACUUUUCUCUGCUGCCAAUAUUGACAAUAACGGUGGUAAACUAGUUCAGAUGAAAGGAGAAGUUAAUUCUAACUGUCGACCUCAGAUAAAGUUGAUUUCACACCUGAUCAAGCUUGAUGAUGGUGCCCAGUUUGCCUCCUGUUACGCAUGGAGAGUUGUUUUAUAG